ACCGUUAUCUUUCGAGAUCAAUAUUUCAAUUGGAACGGUUCAGUUUAGACAUGGCUUCGAGGAUGAUGAUAAAAUACUUUAUAUACAUUUCUUUGAUUGCAUGUAUAAUUUACUUACUAUAUGCUCUGAUCAUUGAAGACUACGGUUAUGAUAUAAUCAGUUUGCCUUCAGAAUCUGUUAUAACAACAGCUAAGCAUGGGAUGCAUGAUAAAAUCAAUCUACCGCCAGAAUCUGUUAUAACAACAGCUAAGCAUGGGAUGUAUGAUAAAAUCAAUCUACCGCCAGAAUCUGUUAUAACAACAGCUAAGCAUGGGAUGUAUGAUCAAAUCAAUCUACCGCCAGAAUCUGUUAUAACAACAGAUCACCACGGAAGACACAUGUGUCCACAGCAUUCACCGAUCCUUGAAGGUAGUAUGAAAAUGAGAUUUUCUGAUGUUCCGACAUUGAAGCAAAUGACUAAGAUGUUUAAGUGGUUACAACCAGGAGGAAGACAUAAACCAGAAGAAUGUCUGUCCAGACACAAAGUAGCGGUGCUGAUUCCCUAUAGAAAUAGACAGGAGCAUCUUAAUAUCCUGUUGUAUGUUUUACACCCGAUGCUGAAACAUCAACUCUUGGACUAUGGCAUUUUUGUCAUUGAACAGAGCAAUGGUACAUUGUUCAAUCGGGGGUUGCUCUUCAACAUAGGAUACGUGGAGGCAUUAAAAGUUGAUAACUAUUCCUGUUUUGUUUUUCAUGAUGUUGAUCUUGUACCUGAAAACGAUAAAAUCUUGUAUGGAUGUAUAGACAGUCCAAUUCAUCUGUCUGCAGCAAUUGAUAUAUUUAAUUACAGAUUACUAUAUGAUGAGCUCUUUGGAGGCGUUUCUGCAAUGCUUCGAACGCAUUUUGAAGCGGUUAAUGGUUUUUCAAAUUUGUAUCCUGGAUGGGGUGGAGAAGAUGACGACAUAUAUCACAGAUUUGGAAAAUAAUGAUAGUCAUUUCACCCCUACUGCAAGCCAAUUAUCAGACUGUAUCAAUCUGAGCUGAGUCCAAGAUAGGAAGAGGCUUUGGAGAGAACACAGAAUUACUACAGACAAAAGACUUGUGAAGUUAAAAGGGGAAUUGUAGAACUCAUAGCUCCACUUCAAUCUAGAUCUAUUGACAGUUAUUUCAUAGAAACACUUUGCAGCUGACAAAGAUAAUCAAAUGAUGAUCACUACUUUAACUCUAUGGUUGCAGCAUAUCUCAUUUUUUGAAGUGACAAAUUUUAUUCCUGUUUCUGAACCAAUAUUCAAAAGAGAGUUGUUGGGUGGCAAUAUAAGAUUCCAUACUGUGAAAUGUAUUAAUUGUUAAUAUACAUGUAUCAAUAUAAAUUCAGUUGCAAUUUUCAUAAUUUCUAGGGGGAAAGUUUGUUUGUAACAAAUGUCAGAAAUAUGCACUAGCUCUUUCUUUGCAAACCAUGCUACUAAGUACCAGGCAUUAAGACAUGAUUUGUUUAUUGUUAUUUGUUAAACAGAGGCAGAUCCAGUGAUUUGAAGGGGGGGGGGGGUCCAGAAAAAUUAUCUAAGAUCUGCAUUAGGUCAUAUCCGAUGAAUUGAUAAAGUAGAUAUGUUUAUUAUUCAUUGCUAGUUAUCCUUUUAUGCAUCAGUUGAAGAUACUUUUUGAACAUUUUCCGCCACUGGGUAAAUUCAACAAACAUUUUUUGUAUCUGGAAGUGGUCAAUAUUUCAACAUCAGAGUAAACAUGCAUUAAAGCAAGUCCUGUCAAUCUGAUGUAGGCAGAAAAUGGAAUCUGGUAUGUUAUUUCAUGAAUGCAAAUGGAAAUGCUUUACAAGAGAGUCAAGAAAUUUCUGGUUAAUGCUAAAUAACUAUCUAGAUGUCCCAUAGAAAGGGAGAGGGUGUGUUCCAACCCCAUCCCUCACCCCCACGGGAUUUGCCAAUGUUAAGUUUGUAAUGUGACUGAAUGAAUUAAGAUUCUUCAUGAUAGGCAAUUGAUUACAAUUUGAUUUACUGAUAAUUUUAACUUCAUAUAUGUUUGUUGAUUAAUUGACUAUUAUAUCAAAUCCUGUGUCAGAAAUGACCUCUGAAAAUUAACAUUGUAAAAUUUUAUAUAAUGAUUUACAUAGGCAUUUUUUUUUUUGCCUUCAUUGUAUAGAAUGUAUAGAAAGACAUGGAAUUUAUUUCUCAAUGUUCAUAGGUCCUAGUAAUUUUUCGUGAAUUUUAAUCAUUGAUUGGUUAUAUCUACUUCAUAUUUAUUUCUAUGUAUGUAGUUCAACAAUCUUCAUUAAAGUAGUUGACCUUUUUGCACUUAUUGAAAAUUUAGAGAUUUCAGUUCAACUUUUCACCAUCAAACCUUGCUUUUUCCACUGAAUUUAUUUUUGUAACUUGAAAUACACCUCUUCAAGUUUCUGGUUAUACUUAAUUUAUUUCUUUUAAGACAUUGUAUUGGGUUUUAUGAUAUCUUAAAUUUUGAUCAUUAUCUUGUAAAAUAUAUACAGUGUAUGGUGUGAAAUAUGUGCAAUUUUAACAAUUAAUAAAUUCAUUCAUUGGAUGGAUGAAUACACACACAAAACUCCUCUUAGUUAUUGCAUAUAGUGUAUAUCUAACAUAUAAAAUAUUGCUUUUCUCUAUUUCUUAGUUAUAUGACACUUUAGAGCUGUUCAAACAUAGCACUUUUUUCCCAAUAUUUCGUGACCUUUUUGCACCGAAAAUUAUCUCAAAGUUGUUUUUCCAUGUCGAACCCAAACUAAACCUGAUAGAAACGUUUUAUUUCGCAAAUUUAAUAUUGGGGUCAGUAGGCACAAAGUUCCAUGAAAAUCUGAGAGAUAGUAUGUGCCGACCUCUGCCUGAUAUCAUAAUGGACACCCUCUUAAAAUAACUUUACAUAAUUCUGUAACAUUUUUGGAGUGUCAUGUGUCCUUAAUUAUUCAUGGAUCGACUAAAUCUCCAAACACCAGAGACAGUUGCUUCAUAGACGUAUUCCACGUAAAAGUACAAAAGCUACAAUAUGACAGCAGCUGUCUGAACUAUAAUUCAUUCAUGUUUUAAAAGCUGCGAGUACAACGUAAAAUCCUGAUGAAAUUAUUUGGAGAUUUAAACCAUUUCAUGGCCAUAGCAUUUCAAACAUAAGACCUUUUUUAUUAACAGAGGCUGUGUUUGUUCAGUGGUAUUUUUGUACGGAUGUAGGAGUUAGGUCUACUUAUUCACCAUUUAAAACAAUGCUUUUUUUCUUUUCUUUUAGGUUUGAGCUCCUGAAGAAAGCUUUAAUCAGGAUGGACGUAGAUGGAAUAAAUUCAUCAAAUGCUUAUUAUGAAAAAUCUAACUUUUAUGAAAUGCCCUUGUAUACUAAAAUCGUUGUUGAUGUACAUCAGUGAAUACUAAUAGUUCUAAAUACUUUCAAUUCUGUAAUUUACGUACAUACAUGUUGAUGAUAAUCCGCCCACAUGCAAUGAUUAAAAUCUUAUUUGAAUUUCAUAAAA